AUGGGUUCAAUCGCAGAGGAGCCCGAUCGCAUGCAGCUGCUCACGGCAGAUACCACGGCCAACGAUAUCGCCGUGGUUGGCAUGUCAUUCAAACUACCUCAAGGUGUAGACGAUGUUGCCAGCUUUUGGGAUGUCCUGCAGAACCGGAGGAAUUUGUCCACGCCGUGGCCUGAAAGUCGCAUGAAUGCCGAAGCCUUCGUGUCUGGCAAACGAAGCAAGUUCAACUGUCAAGGAGGCCAUUUCAUCAACGAUGAUCCUGCUUCAUUCGAUGCUCCUUUCUUUUCAAUCUCCACGAAAGAGGCUGCCGCCCUCGACCCCAUGCAACGGUGGACACUGGAGACGUCGUAUCGUGCUCUUGAAAAUGCCGGAAUCCCCGCUGAGAAGCUGAAGGGAUCGAGGACCGGCGUCUUCUCCGCGUCCUUCACGGACGAUUGGUCAAGGAUGCUAUCGCAAGAUCCAGAAAACGUCGAGAGGACGGCCGCCACCGGUAUGGCAUCGUCGCUCAUCGCCAAUCGAGUGAGCUGGUACUUCGACCUGAGGGGGCCCAGUGUUCACAUCGACACUGCCUGUUCCAGCAGCCUCGUCGCCCUGGACAUGGCAUGCCAGUCUCUGCGGGCCGGAGAGUCCUCAUCUGCGCUCGUCACCGGUUCCAGUCUGAUGCUGACCCCUACCCUCACCCACUGGCUGUCAAAUCUCGGCUUCUUAUCCCCGGAUGGUAAGUGUUGGACAUUCGACAGCCGGGCGAACGGCUAUGCUCGAGGUGAGGGCUUCGUCGCUCUCGUGCUGAAGCCACUUCCGGCGGCUCUGCGGGAUGGCGACAUGAUUCGCUCCGUCAUCCGAGCGACCGGCACGAACCAGGACGGUCAGACGCCUUCUUUGACCCAGCCUAAUCCGAAGGCUCAGGAAGAGUUGAUACGCCACGUGUACAAGAAAGCCAAUCUUGCUUUUGACAAGACCCGUUAUGUGGAGGCUCAUGGUACUGGAACGCCCGUGGGGGACCCGAUCGAGGUGAAAGCUAUAGGCAACGUUUUCCGGAGCUCUCGGUCCGCCGAAGAGCCGCUCUAUGUCGGGUCAGUCAAGACCAAUAUUGGUCACCUCGAAGGGAGCAGUGGCUUGGCCGGUGUGGUCAAAUCCAUUAUCUCUCUCGAGAAAGGCGUUAUUCCGCCCCAUGCGAAUUUUGAGGAGAUCAACCCCGAUAUCGACACCGAGUUUUACAAUGUUGCAAUCCCAAUCAAGGAGAUCGUAUGGCCAAGCCAAGGCUUGCGCCGCAUUUCCGUAUGCUCGUUCGGCUUUGGAGGCACGAAUACUCACGUUGUCCUCGAUGACGCCUAUCACUACCUGCACGAGAGAGGCCUCGUCGGCAACCAUUGCACAACGGCUCCCACCGGCGCCUUGUUGAACGGCCUCUCAAUCACCAACGGUACAACCUCGAACGGGAAUGGGAGCAACGGCCAUGUUGAAGGUCACAUCAACGGCCACGUCAAUGGAGACAUCAAUGGCCACAACAAACUGCAGAAUUUUGACGAUGUCGCAGCCCAACCUCGGUUGCUCGUAUGGUCUGCAGCGGACGAGAAGGCGGUAAAGAGGACGACCGAGCAGUACAAAUCCUUCUACGAGAACAACAUUUCGAACGACCCAGCCAGACUCGACCGCCUCGCCUACACUCUGUCCAACCGACGAAGCCGCAUGCUCUGGCGCACGUCUGCCAUUGUUACCACGGAUUCCAGCGAUGCUGCCAGCUUUAUCGCCUCCAAGCCGGUCCGUAGCUCGGGGGAAGUCGGACUCGCCUUUGUCUUCACUGGCCAAGGAGCACAGUACGCCGGCAUGGGCUGGGAGCUUGUUCAACAAUACCCCCUCUUCGCGGAAACUCUGAAGCGGGUCAACAAGAUCUACGGUACACUGGGAUGCGACUGGGAGCUACUGGACGAGCUUCGGCACGGCGAGAACAUCGACCGCCCCGGAUACAGCCAGCCUCUUUCUACCGCGGUACAGCUCGCUCUCAUUGAGUUGCUGAAGAGCUUUGGCAUCGUCCCCAAAGCGGUCAUCGGCCACUCUUCUGGUGAGAUUGCUGCCGCGUACGCCAUCGGUGCUCUGUCUCUGGAAUCAGCUUGCAAAGUCUCUUUCUAUCGUGGCCAGCUGGCUGGCAGACUACGGGUCGCGAGCUCUCCAGCUGGCGCAAUGAUCUCUGUGAAUCUGGCUGAGAAUGACGUUCCAACCUAUCUUGAUAACCUUGGCAUCGCAGGCGUCAGCGUUGCUUGCGUCAACAGCCCCCUGAACUGCACCCUGUCUGGACCGGAGGACGCCAUAGACGCCGUCAAGAAGCAGGCCGACAUAGAUUCCAUCUUUGCUCAAAAGCUGAAGACGGGUGUUGCGUAUCACUCGUCUGCCAUGCUGGCCAUCGCCGAUGACUACAAACAGCAGAUGGGAGAACUUGAGGCUUCCGCUCCUCGCUCUUCCAUCGUCAUGGUUUCGACCGUCACAGGGAAAAGCGUCCGUUCUGCGGUUUUGGCGACGCCGCAAUACUGGGUGGAUAACAUGGUGUCUCCGGUCCGCUUCUCCGACGCCGUCCACGCGUUGACACAGCAGUCUUCCACUUUGAAGUCUGGCUUCCUGGGGAGCAUCACGGAUCUUGUGGAGAUCGGACCGACCGCGGCACUUCGUCGUCCUGUCGCAGAUACGUUAGCGCAAGCAGGAUCUCGUGCGAAGCAGGUCCGGUACUCGAGUGUGCUCUUCCGAAAACGAUCAGCCGUUGACACCACGCUCGAACUUGUUGGGCAGCUGUUCUCCUACGGGUACCAGGUGCAGAUCACCGCCGUCAAUCAAGUGAAAGGCAACACAUCAUUCCUCGUUGAUUGCCCCGAGUACCCAUUCGACCACUCCAAGAAGUACUGGUCCGAGUCGCGCAUCAGCCGCGACUACAGGCUCCGUGGUGCCGUGAUCGGCGAGACGCUGGGAACACGGGUGUCGGACUGGAACCCGCUGGAACCGCGAUGGAGGAACUUCCUGAGCGUCGAGACUGAACCGUGGGUCGCCGAUCACAACGUCAGCAACACCGUGGUGUACCCGGCGGCAGGCAUGCUCGUGAUGGCCAUGGAAGCGGCCUUGCAAAUGGUUCCCGUCAAUCGCACUGUUUCGGGCUACUCGAUCAAAGAGGCGAACUUCAUGAGUCCCAUCAUUGUAGGCGAAGCCUGGGAAGACAGGACCGAGACCGUUGUCGAACUUCGACCGAUUCAGAAGCCGUACGAAAAGGACUCGACUUGGUCUGACAUUCGCGUCUUCUGUUAUCGUAACAAGGAAUGGUCCGAGUGUUUCCGAGGGCGGAUACAGGUCCAGUACGAGGAAGACUCCUCUCAGGCUGAUGUUCAGAAGGAGAAGACGCUGCUUGACCAGGACAUUCUCAAACGAUACAAGAACGCGGCCGGGUUGUGCAUGAAGCCGGUAGACUCGAACGUCUUCUACCGCCAUGCGGCCGAUCACGGCCUGCGGUAUGGAGACUGGUGCCGGUUGCUGGAAGACAUUCACUGGGACGGCAGACACACUGCGGUUGCUCGCAUCAAUGUCUCUAAACCACACUUCAACACUUCAAGCCUCGUACACCCAGCCGUCCUGGAUGCCGUCUUCCAUAUGCCACGGGCGAGCUCCCAAGCAUCCGCAUCCGCAUCCGCCACCAACGUCCCCGUCAAGAUCGUCAACGCCUGGGUGUCUGCAUCGGGCUGGCAAAGCCCCGAUACCGGGUCCCUCCGAUGCUCGGGAGUGGCAAACGUCGACCACGAUGCCGGCGAGGAUGCCACCAUCUACACUCUGAGCGACAAUGGAAAGGUGCUGAUGUCUAUCGAACACCUUGUCACGAAGGCCAUCUCCAAAGUUGAUGAGAGCAGCGCUCCACCGAGACAGCUUUUGCAUAAUGCCGAAUGGAAGCCCCAGCUGAGUCUUCUCGACCAGCAGCAGCUCUCGCAGGCGUGCAUCACGAGUCGUGUGGUCAAGGACGACGCAACAGCACUCACUCAUCACCUCGAGAUGUGCGCCGUCAUGAAUCUCGCUCUCUCUAGGACGCUGAGGGACAUGUCGGCAGCAGAUUUCGACAAGGUGCCGGCCUCCCUCCAGCGCCACGUGGCAUGGAUCAGACAUCAUCUCGACAGCCUUGACGCAACCCAGAAGGAUGACCCAGAGGCCCCCUUGACCGACGAAGAGCUGGAACAACGCCUUCAGUCGAUCGAGGCGAUGCGUCCGCCGUGGAAGCUGCACACGAACGUGGUGCGCGAGCUGAAGAACAUUCUGAUCGGCGAGAAGGAUCCGCUCGAGGUGAUAUUUGACUCGGAUCUCGCCGACGUCUUCUACGCCGACUUGUUCUCUCAAGUCUGCGACGUGCGGCUGUCCAACUUCCUCGAACUCGCCUCCCACGAAAACCCGGGUCUGAGAAUCCUCGAGGUCGGCGCCGGCACGGGCGGCUUCACCGGCCACGUCCUGGGAGCGUUGCAGUCUCUCGAGAGGGAGAAGGGAGGUCUGAGACUGGCUGAGUACACUUACACCGACAUCUCGCCGAUGUUCUUCGACAGAGCCCGAGAGCGCUGGAAGGCCCUGGAAGGUCGCAUCAACUUCAAGACGCUGGACCUAGAACGCACUCUGGAGAGCCAGGGCUUCGAGGUGGGCUCGUACGAUUUGAUCGUCGCCGGCAGCGUCUUGCACGCCACGGCGGAUCUGGUGGGCACCAUGAAAAACGUGCGGACUGCGCUCAAACCAGGCGGACGGGCGCUCAUCUUGGAGGUGAUUGCGCCGGAGGACGUGGUGGUGAAUUUCUCCUUCGGUCUCGUUCCGGGAUGGUGGCUCGCGCGUGAGGAGUGGCGGAAGAUGUCGCCGCUCCUGAACGAGGAGCAGUGGAAUGGCUGCUUGCGAGAGAGCGGUUAUUCCGGUAAUGAUCUUGUUUUGAGGGAUCAUGUGGAAGACGGGUGUCACAUCUGCAGCGUCAUCGUCUCGACGGCCGUGCAAGACGCUCCGACUUCAGCAAUCGUCAAGCCGUUGAAGGUCCUCGUAGUCGUUGAUGGUCAGUCAGAGACGCAGAGAGAGGUGGCCGACCUAGUUAGCAGCCAUACGAACGGUCUCGGUCUCGGACACUCCGUCAGUAUCCUGUCCAUCGAUGAGUUCCAGCAGAGCAAGCCGGACCCCGAAGACGUGGUUCUCUGCCUCGCGAGCGUCGAUACCCCCUUCCUAUUCGACAUGUCGGAAAGCAGACUAGCCUGGUUGCAGCAUCUCAUUCGUCACUCGAAGAAGUUGAUGUGGGUGACUGAAACGAACGCCGAAGAUUCUCAACGCCCGUUCUACAGCCAAGCUCAAGGUUUCUUCCGCUCGUUGCGUCUCGAGAUGGCCGACAGCCACAUCGUCACGCUUGCAAUCGAGUCCCAAGGCGACAGUGCUCCAUCAAUCGCCUCACAACACAUCAGCAAGGUCUUCCGGAACUGUUUCUUAAGUUCGGAGGCCAGCAGCGAGUUGGAGUUCACAGCACGAAAUGGGCUCCUCGAAACCUGCAGGGCCACGGAAGACGUCAAAGGCAAUGCCGCGAUCGAUGCCCUCCUGUUCCCAAAACUCCAGCAAAAGCCGUGGUCCGAGGGACCUGCGUUAUCACUUUCGAUCAAAACCGUCGGGACCCUCGACUCGUUGUGUUUCAUCGAAGACACCACGUUCGAGACCGACCUGGCAGCAGAGGAGGUCGAGAUCGAAGCCAAGGCGUGGGGCGUCAACUUCCGCGAUGUCCUGCAAGCCCUGGGCCGCCUCGACGAGAGAGAUUUCGGCAACGAUUGCGCGGGCGUCGUCACCAGGACCGGCAGCGCCUGUCGCGGCUCCUUCGAGAUCGGCGACCGCGUCUGCAUGGUCUCCCCGGGCUGCAUGCGCCGAUACCCCCGCGCUCCCGCGACCUCGGUGAUCAAGAUCCCCAGGGAAACCAUGUCCUUCGUCGCCGGUGCCGCCGUUCUCAUCCCCGGAAUGACGGCCUACCACGCCCUCGUCAACGUCGCGCGCAUCGCCCAAGGGGAGACGAUCCUGAUCCACUCCGCCGCGGGCAGCACGGGUCAGAUGGCCGUGUCCGUGGCCCAGAAGCGCGGAGCCGUGGUCUACGCGACUGUCGGCAGCGAGAAGAAGAAGCGGUUCCUCGUGGACGAGAUGGGGGUUCCCGAGGAAAACAUCUUCCACAGCCGCAACACGUCCUUCGCGCAGGGCGUUAUGCGCGUCACCAACGGGCGCGGCGUCGACGUCGUCCUCAACUCGUUGUCCGGGGACAGCCUGCGGGCGUCGUGGGGGUGCAUGGCGCGCCGCGGACGCUUCGUGGAGAUUGGAAAGGCCGACAUCAUGGCCGACGCGGGCCUUCCCAUGUCCAGCUUCUCGAGGAACGUGAGCUUCUCGGCCGUGGACCUGCGGGAGAUCAUGCAAGAGGACCCCCGCCUCACUGCCGAGCUGUUGCGGGAUACCAUGGGCUUCGCGUGCGAGAACGACGCGUCUCCCUCGCCGGUGAAGUCCUAUCCUGCCUCGCAAGUCGAGCAGGCCUUCCGAGCGCUUCAAAACGGGUCAAACAUCGGUCGUGUAGUCAUCGAGCCAAGUGCCGACGAUGUCGUACCGCAAUACCUCACAGACCGCAAGACGUGGAAGUUCGACGCGAACGCGUCGUACCUCGUCGCGGGCGGCUUCGGAGGCGUGGGCCGCGCCAUUCUCACAUGGAUGGCAGAUCGCGGCGCAAAGCACCUCAUCGUCCCGUCCAGGUCCGGAGCCUCGUCCAAAGCGGCGACAGAGACCAUUGAAUCUCUCCGGUCUCGCGGCGUCGCCAUCCUGUCACCCAAAUGCGACGUCGCCUCGGAAUCCGCCCUGUCGGUCGUGCUGGCCGAUUGCUCGACCACGAUGCCCCCCAUCAAAGGCUGCAUCGACGCCGCGCUGGUCCUGCAGGACGCCAUGUUCGAGAACAUGACCCUGCCGCAGUGGGACAUCGCCGUCAAAGCAAAGAUCGACACGGCGUGGAACCUCCACCGCCUCCUGCCCAAGGACCUCGACUUCUUCGUCCUGCUCUCGUCCCUCGCCGGCAUCAUCGGCCAGAUGGCGACGGCCAACUACGCGGGCGGCUGCACGUUCCAGGACGCCCUCGCCCGUCACCGCGUCGAAACCGGCCAGAAGGCGGUAUCCCUCGACAUCGGCUGGAUGCGCGACGUCGGCAUCGUCGCGGAGACGGCCGCCUUCCAACGCCAGCGCCUGGCCACGGACGACAUGCAACAGAUCGACGCGCGCGAGCUUCUCGCUCUGCUGACGCUGUGCUGCGACCACGACGCCCCGGUAGCGUCGCCGGGACGGAGCCAGGUCCUCGUCGGGCUGCGCACGCCGGCUGAUUUCCUCGCCAAGGGCGAGUCUCCCCCGGCGCUGCUCGAGAGGCCCUUCUUCGGCGGCUUCUCGCGCGUCGCGGGGACGCAGGCCGGCGCCAAGGUAGAGGCCACCGACCCGGCCGCGCUGUUCCGGGCGGCGGCGAGCCCGGAGGAGAAACUCCAGGUUGUCGUCGACUCUCUCGUGGCCAAGCUCGCGCGCGCCAUGUCUAUUGCGCCCGCGGAUGUCGAGCUUUCGAAGCCGUUGUCGAGUUAUGGCGUUGAUUCGCUGAUGGCGGUUGAGCUUCGGAAUUGGAUCAGACGGGACUUUGCGGCGCCGUUGGCCGUGUUUGAUAUCAUGGGUGGCACGCCCAUUUCUGCGGUGGGAGAGUUGGUGGUCUCGAGAAGCACGUCGGGAGACUUGGUGAAGAAGCCGACUAUCUGCUCCCUCGACAUCGCGAGCAUGUACGCAAGUCACCUUGCAGUCGCCGUGUCUACGGUCAUAGCCGCUUCACGUCCUGUCCAAGCCGGCUUCCAAGUUCUCUCGAACACACCAUCCGGCGCCUUCACAUACACCUUCGGUAACUCAACGUACUACACACCGGCAGCACCAGUGAACACCGCCAACUCGACACUCGACACUACCCAGGUCCUCCCUCUCACCGUGUUUGAGACCAAUGAGACCAGCAUCACUUCGGACGUGUUGUCCGCUUUGGCUGCUCUCUACAUCUCAACCGACGACGUAUGGAGCACGGAAUUCCUCGAGGGCGCCGUUGUGGUGUCGACGCCGGAGAACGCCGUCCUAGACCCGUCCGCGAUCGCCUGGUUAGAGCGGUCAAAUGUCGCGUACUUCAUCACGGGUGAUGGACACAAUUUCACGUCUCUCAAGUCGUCGCAACUUCGGAGCCUGACGAUUCCGUCCGUUGACGAGCUCCCGCCGGGCCCGUACACCCUCUCCAUCAACCCAUCGGCAACGGCCAUUCACGAAACGUAUCGUCUGUACAGAGAUGCGCAGGAAGCCUUCCUAUUCGGCGUCACGCCCGUUCCCGGCUCCGCGGCCUUCAGCCCCGUCGAGGUGUUCAUCGCAGCAAACCAAGACGCCUGGAUCCCCGUCCCUUCCCGCCUCUACUCUCUGGGCGAUGACAGACCCCUAGCCGGUAUCCGCGUAGCCCUGAAAGACAUCUAUGACCUGGAAGGCGUGCAGACAAGCGGCGGAUCGAGAAGUUACGCCGAGGUCUUUCCCCCGGCUAACAUGACCUCCGUACCGACGCAGAAACUGAUCGACAUGGGCGCCGUCAUCGUCGGCAAGACGAAAACAAGCCAGUUCGCCCACGGCGCCGACCCCUGGUUCUGGCAGGACCACCACUACCCCUGGAACCCCCGCGGCGACGGCUACCUCUCCGCCUCGUCCUCCUCCUCCGGCAGCGCGGCCGCCAUCGCGGCGUACCCUUGGCUCGACCUCGCCGUCGGCAGCGACACCCGCGGCAGCGUCCGCAGACCAUCGGCCUACGUCGGGAGCUACGGCAUGCGGCCCUCGUGGGGGAGCAUGGACCUCACCGGGGUGAUUCCGUUGGCCGACGCCUUGGACACGGCGGGCGUGUUCGCGAGGGAUCCCGUCCUGUUCCGCGAAGUGAACAGUUUAUGGUACGAGGGCUCGCAGGUAGCCGUCAACGGGAGCUUCACGGGCAUGCCGAGGAAGCUCAUCUACCCCGUGGACUACUUCCCCCUGGGAAACCCAGACGCGCAGGCCCUGUUCGAAGGCUUCAUGGACGUGCUCGAGGAGGAGUUCGGAAUGGUGCGCACCCCGAUGAACAUCACCGCGACGCUCCACGCGUCCGGGUCGAACACGCAGAUCACAAACGUCAUGGCGUUCCAGCUGGGGAGCAACAGGCUGGCGGAGUACGUCUCGUACAACAAGGUCGGCGUGCCGCUCGAGGAGGCCUGGGACGCGAGGUUCCCCGGCGUCGGGCGGCCCCCGCUGGACCCGAACCCGCGCGCGGCCUUCCAGCGGAGCGUCGGCUUAAGCGAGGCCGACUACGAGGCGGCGCUGGCGACGAAGCGGGAGUUCCAGGACUUCUUCCUCUCCGAGGUCCUCCGGCCGGACCCGCACACGUGCUCGGAGAGUCUGAUGAUACUGGACGCGGGGACGGGGGGCUUGCCCUCGUACCGGGAGCAGGCGCUGAGCGCGCGGGACGGGGCGUAUUCGGACUCGUACACGGGCGUCGGCGGCGGGUCGGCGGUACCGGGGACGUACCUGGCCAGCAUGGCGAGCUGUCCCGAGAUCGGGAUUCCCGUAGGGCAGGUGGCGUACGAGAGCUUCGUUAGCUUGCGGACGGAGAUGGUUCCCGUGAGCGUGGACUUGGUUGCGGCGAGGGGGUGUGAUGGGUUGCUGUUGGAGGUUUUGAGACGGUUGGCGGUGAAAGGUGUGGUGAAGACGGUGAAGACGGGACGGACGGCUUUUUAA